UUUUGCUAAUAAACAAGAACUAUGUACGAAGAAGACGUCCAAUCAGUAAUCAUCGACAACGGCUCCGGCAUCUGUAAGGCCGGUUUCGCCGGCGAUGACGCACCCCGUGCCGUGUUCCCAUCGAUCGUGGGCUUCCCUAAACUGACGGACGUGAUGAUCGGUAUGGGAAAGAAGGAAUGCUACGUCGGAGACGAGGCCCAAAGCAAAAGAGGCAUCCUCUCCCUCAAGUACCCGAUCGAACACGGUAUCGUUACAAACUGGGACGACAUGGAAAAAAUCUGGCACCACACCUUCUACAACGAGUUACGCGUCGCGCCCGAAGAACACGCGGUCCUCUUGACCGAAGCCCCGUUAAAUCCCAAGCAAAAUCGCGAAAGAAUGGUGGAGAUUAUGUUCGAAACCUUCCAAAGUCCGAAGCUGUACAUCGCCAUUCAGGCCAUCCUCGCUUUGUACUCCUCUGGUCGUACUACCGGAGUAGUGCUGGACUCCGGAGAUGGUGUCACUCACACCGUACCUAUUUUCGAAGGUUUCUGUAGCGAGCACGCUAUCGAACGACUCGACCUCUCUGGUAGAGACUUGACUAAGCUCCUCGUCAGAAUUUUGGCUAAGCACGGAUACUCGUUCACUACUUCUGCCGAGAAGGAAAUCGUGAGGGACAUCAAAGAGAAGCUCUGCUACGUCGCGUUGGACUAUUACUCGGAACUCGACAAGUACGAGCAAGCCAAAAAGAACAAAGAUGAGAGCGUGUUGGAAGAGUACAAAAUGCCAGACGGUCAGAAACUUAAAAUCGGCGAGGAACGUAUCCAGUGUCCGGAAGCCUUGUUCGAACCGACCAGAGUGGGUCUCGAGGUCGACGGUAUACAGACCACCUUGUAUAACUCCAUCAUGAAAUGCGACGUCGACAUCCGUAAAGAUUUGUACGCUAACAUUUUGUUAUCAGGUGGUUCUACUCUCUUCAACGGUAUCACCGAACGUCUGCACCAAGAGAUCACCUCUUUGGUUGCUGAAGAUAUCAAGAUUAAAAUAGUCGCUCCUCCCGAAAGGAAGUACUCCGUGUGGAUUGGAGGUUCAAUUUUGGCUUCUUUGUCUACAUUUGAGGAAAGUUGGUUUACCAAGGAAGAAUACAACGAACACGGUGCUAGUCUUAUCCACAAAAAAUGUUUCUAAAUUAAUUAUUUUUAUUUUGAUCCUGUAAAUAUAAGAAACUAAAAUAAAUAAACGGUUGAGACAAAAGUGGAA